AUGACCGAAGGCAGUGGUCAUAGUACUCACCAGCAGUCACCAGUUACCGCAGUGGCGGAACAGGAUUUUCGUCCCGUCUUUCUUAUGGCGAUUUCUGAUGUGGUAGGGCGGAACUUGACUAUCUUAUACUUGGUGAUUAUAGCCGGUGUUAAAAUUUAUGGUUUGACAACUGGCCGGAGUUAUGCCGGCGGGUUUGUGCUAAUGAUAUCCACGGUGGUGGUGCUGGCUAUAUUGCUUGCCACGCUGACGUGGGAUGUUUCUCGCAAGGCCACGUAUGCGUUGAUGCCUGAUUAUGAAGAUAAGGGGCAUGAUCAUCCUGUAUGUCGAGGUGGCAUCUGCUGGCACGGUGUCGCCGUCAGGUCGCCGGCGUCUCAGCUCCGGUUCAGACUCUUGCAAAAUGAUCAAGCAAACAACAAUCUUCGUAUGUAAAUAAAGAUGACGGUUAGAGUAAAAAGAAACGGAAAGCAAGGCUAGAUAGGGCUGUUUUACUAGUUUUAGGCUCUUGUAAUUACCACUUUUGUCUUUUUAAGAAUUUUUGACUUUUGCUCA